AUGAAUUUUUCCCAAUCAGGUAGGUAUUCCAUUGGUGAAACAGAUUUGCCUUUUUUUACUCAAUGGGUCCAACAAGUAUUAAAUAUUGACCUAACUCUAAGGAAUGUGCCUAGAGAGAAGUUCAGUUCCACAGAGAUUCCACCUUACCGUGUAUCUACGAAAUUAUUAAACAUCUUAAAAGAAAUGAAAAUUGACCAUACGAUUGAUAGCUCAGCUAGACUUUUGCGAUCCCAUGGACAAACACUUUAUGAUAUUUAUUCCCUCAGAUAUGGUAAAUGUUUUCCACGCAUUUGUGAUUUAGUAGUCUGGCCUGCAAAUCAUAACGAUGUUGUAAGCAUAGUUGAAUUAGUCAAUGUGCAUAACAUUGUACUUGUUCCGUUUGGCGGUGGAACUAAUGUAUCUGGGGCAGUAUCGUGUCCUGCCAAUGAAAAUAGAUGUAUAGUCAGUGUGGACACUUCACAAAUGAACCGUUUACUGUGGUUGGAUGAAUCAAACUUACUGGUAUGUUUUGAAGCCGGAGUCAUUGGUCAAGAUUUAGAACGAGAACUAAACAAACGAGGCUAUACAUGUGGACAUGAACCCGACUCUUAUGAGUUUUCUAGUUUAGGUGGUUGGGUCGCUACUAGAGCGUCGGGCAUGAAGAAAAAUGUGUAUGGUAACAUUGAAGAUUUAGUAAUUGAUGCUAAAAUGGUCACUUGUAGAGGGGUGGUCGAAAAAAACAGUAAGGUCCCUAGAAUGUCAAGUGGACCAGAUUUUCAACAAAUUGUCUUAGGGUCAGAAGGUACAUUAGGUAUAAUUACAGAAGUGACCUUAAAAAUUCGACCUCUUCCAGAUUGUCGUGUUUAUGAUUCUGUGGUUUUUCCUGAUUUUGAAUCAGGAGUAAAAUGUAUGAGAGAAGUAGCCAAACAAAGAUAUCAACCUGUGUCUAUACGAUUAAUGGAUAACACACAGUUCAGAUUUGGUCAGGCGUUACGUCCUGUCGAAAACACAUUUGGAAACUUGUUAGAUUUUUUCAAGAAAACUUACUUGACUCAUUUUUGUGGUUUUCGUUUAGAGUCUAUAUGUGUUAUGACACUCCUUUUUGAAGAUCCAGAUAAACAUUCAAUUAAGCAACUCUCAGUUGCAUUAGCCAUGUUUCGCGCUAGUUGGUAA